AUGAGGCGGCUCAUAGCUCUCACAGUGCUGUUUUUCAGCAUUGGUCUGACAUUAUCGGUUGAGGAUUAUGACGAGGAGGAGCGGGAUGAUGAACCCGAAUACUUUUUGGCACGUAUAUUACAAAGUCCUGCCCCAGCGCCGCAACAAGUGAUUCAAGUUCCGCCAUAUUAUCCACAUCAUGGUCAUGGCCACUGCCGUUGUCCACCUGGUCCACCAGGACCUCCGGGUCCACCUGGCAUACCCGGUCGUCCUGGUAUUCCCGGUCCGAAGGGUGAAAAAGGUGAUACAGGCUACCCUGGAGCACCUGGUGCACCCGGUAAGCCCGGUCAACCUGGUGCGCCGGGCGAAAAGGGCCAUCCAGGACGACCAGGUCAUCCUGGACCACCUGGUUUGCCAGGUCCUGUGGGUCCUCCUGGUUAUAGUCAUGGCCAUGGCCAUCAUCCACCAAUAAUUAUACCACCACCAUAUUAUCCUCCACCUCAUCAUGGUCACGGCCAUGGCCAUGGUCAUGGCCACGGUCAUGGCCAUGGACACGGCCAUGGUCAUGGACACGGACGUCCACCAAUCAUCAUACAACCUCCACCAAUAGGUCCACCAACAUUUAUACCCAUACCAAUUCCCCCAAUUUUCGGAGGUGGUGGUGGCGGAGGAGGCGGUGGCGGAGGAGGAGGUGGUGGAGGCGGCGGCGGAGGUGGCAGCGGUGGCGGAGGUUUCAGCCUUGGCCUGGCCUCGGCCAUGCAGGAGAGUGAUGGGGAGUAUGAUGACACUCCCCGACUUAUAAAUCUUGACAGUCCAGCUCCGGCCCCACAAGUGGUUUACAAACCCAUUCCACCUUAUUUCCCACCCCACGGUCAUGGUCAUGGCCAUUGUAAUUGUCCGCCUGGACCUCCAGGACCACCAGGUCCUCCAGGUAUUCCCGGCCGACCCGGUGUGCCCGGUAGAAAGGGAGACAAGGGUGACACCGGCUAUCCUGGUACCCCCGGUAUGCCCGGUAAGCCGGGAAGGCCUGGUGAAAAGGGUGAAAAAGGUCAUCAUGGACGACCGGGUUAUCCUGGACCCCCAGGUUUACCAGGUCCCGUUGGUCCUCCAGGUCACAGCCAUGGUCAUGGUCAUCAUCAUCAUCCACCCAUUAUAAUACCUCCACCAUAUCCACCACCCCACAAGGAUCAUCAUCAUCACCACGAUCAUCAUCACAAUCAUGGCCAUGGACAUGGACAUGGUCCACCAAUUGUUAUUCCAGCACCUGCACCAUACCCACAACCACCCAUCUUCAUUCCCAUUCCAGUUCCCGGAGGCGGUGGUGGUGGUGGAGGAGGCGGUGGAGGCGGCGGCGGUGGUGGUGGAGGCGGUGGCAACACUGGCGGUGGCGGUACCAGAGGUGGCGGUGGAAGAGGCGGUGGUGGAGGAGGAGGUGGCGGCGGCGGUGGUGGUGGCGGAGGUUGGCGUCCCGGCGUCAAUCAAAACAAUGACAACACUCGCCUUUUGGCUGCAAGUCAUUUCCACACCUAUCACGGCGAUCAUCACUACUACGACGGCACAAGGGGUACGACUCGCGUCCAACCUGCCAGAACCAAUAGCACCAAAGUGGUACGCAUCAACAGCAGCAACGGCAGGCCUGGAAGACCUGGCAAUAGCAGUCCUGGUGCUGGUGGUGAACCUGGAAUGCCUGGCGAGCCCGGUGCACCCGGUAGAUCGGAUUCCAGCUCUCGCCCCAUAGCCGUACUUCAACCCCUGACCGACUAUGAAAACGAAGGCGAAUAUGAUCCCGCAUUGUAUUAUCCAGACAACAUCGCCCCACAGGAUUCGGACAAGCCUGCCGGCUCCUCAAACAAGGAGGUGCUAUUUUUGGUACAAAACGAUUUGGUCGAACAAUUGCAAGACAUUUCCCAGAGUCAACAAUAUGAAUAUGAGGGCGAGGAUGAUGAUGGGGAAGAGGAAGAGGAUCCCAACAACUCCAACAGCAACACCAACAUUAACAUCAAUUACAACGACAAUUAUGGGCCACAACAAAGUAAUGGCAAUACCGAAGUGGGUAACAAUUUGGAGGAGGACGAUGAGGGCUAUGAUGGGGACGAUAACAUUGAAGGCACCUCAGAUACCAAUGAUCAAAUUGAAGGUACCCCCAGAUCGGCUUACGUUCCACAAGGCACAAAAUACUUUGUGGCCUUUCAAGCCAGUUUCAGCCUUAGCCUGGUCUCGGCCAUGCAGGAGAAAGGGAGGGAGUAUGAUGAUGAGAAUUAUGACACUCCCCGACAUAUUCGUAUUGAGGGCCCUGCACCGGCUCCGGCCCCACAAGUGGUUUACAAACCCAUUCCACCUUAUUUCCCACCCCAUGGUCAUGGUCAUGGCCACUGUAAUUGUCCGCCUGGCCCUCCAGGACCACCAGGUCCCCCAGGUAUUCCCGGCCGACCCGGUGUGCCCGGUAGGAAGGGAGACAAGGGUGAUACCGGCUAUCCUGGUACACCCGGUAUGCCCGGCAAGCCAGGCAGGCCUGGUGAAAAGGGUGAAAAAGGUCAUCCUGGUCGACCGGGUUAUCCUGGACCCCCAGGUUUACCAGGUCCCGUUGGUCCUCCAGGUCAUAGCCAUGAUCAUGGCCAUCAUCAUCCACCGAUUAUAAUACCUCCACCAUAUCCACCAUCACAUGGGGAUCAUCAUCAUCACCACGAUCAUCAUCACGACCAUGGCCACGGUCAUGGUCAUGGUCCACCGAUUGUUAUUCCAGCACCUGCACCAUUCCCACAACCACCCAUCUUUAUUCCCAUUCCAGUUCCCGGAGGCGGUGGUGGCGGAGGAGGUGGUGGUGGAGGCGGCGGAGGUGGUGGCGGAGGCGGUGGCAACUCUGGCGGAGGAGGUGGCGGUGGAGGCGGAGGUGGUGGAGGAGGAGGUGGUGGAGGCGGCGGUGGUGGUGGUGGCGGUUGGCGUCCCGGUGGUGGUGGUGGAGGAGGAGGUGGAGGCGGUGGCGGAGGUGGUGGCGGUUGGCGUCCCGGCGGUGGAGGUGGAGGAGGAGGUGGUGGCGGCGGCGGUGGAGGCGGUGCCAACACUGGCGGUGGCAAUCAAAAUAAUGACAACACCCGUCUACAGGCUGCAAGUCACCUCCACACCUAUCAUGGCGAUCAUUACUACUACGACGGCACGAGAGGGACGAAACGCAUCAAACCACCCAGAACCAAUAGCACCAAAGUGGUACGUGUCAACACCAUAAACGGCAGACCUGCAAGUCCUGGCAAUAGCAGUCCUGGUGCUGGUGGCCUACCUGGAAUGCCUGGAGCGCCCGGUAGAUCGGAUUCCAGCUCGCGCCCCAUACCCGUACUCCAACCCCUGACCGACUAUGACACCGAGUCAAACAAGGAGGUACUAUUUUUGGUACAAAAUGAUUUGGUCGAACAAUUGCAAGACAUUUCUCAGAACCAACAAUAUGAAUAUGAUGGCGAAGAGGAUGAGGAGGGGGAGGAGGAUCCCAAUAACUCCAACACCAACAUUAACAUCAAUUACAACGACAAUUAUGGGCCACAACAAAGUAAUGGUAAUACCGAAGUUGAUAACAAUUUGGAGGAGGACGACGAGGACGAUGAGGGAGAUUAUAUUAUUGAAGGCACCGCUGAUAUCAACGAUCAAAUAGAAGGUACCCCCAGAUCGGCUAACGUUCCGCAAGUUAAAAAAUACUUUGUGGCCUUUCAAGCCAGUUGA